UGAGUAGAAAGCGAGAUCGAAAGACAGAAAAGGGUUUUUGCACGAAACCCCUUCUCAAAUUUUCAAAUUCCCAAUUCAAUUUUGCUGAAGAUAAAUCACCAAAUCAUAGCGAAAGGAUUUUCAUCUCAAGAUUCCGAAUAAUGGAUGUGAUAAAAUCGCAGCAGUUAUCAGCACGGCCGAUCGAGAAGGUAGUCGUUCACCCCUUGGUACUCCUUAGCAUCGUUGAUAACUACUAUAGAGUCGCCAAAGACACUCGCAAACGUGUCGUUGGUGUUCUCCUUGGUAGUUCUUUCAAAGGCACCGUCGACGUCACAAACAGCUACGCAGUGCCUUUUGAGGAAGACGACAAGGAUCCCAGCAUUUGGUUUCUUGAUCACAACUAUCAUGAGGCCAUGUUCUCCAUGUUCAAGAGAAUCAAUGCUAAGGAGCAUGUGGUAGGAUGGUAUAGCACCGGCCCCAAGCUAAGGGAGAAUGAUCUUGACAUUCACGGCUUAUUUAAUGACUACGUUCCAAAUCCUGUAUUGGUGAUAAUAGAUGUCCAGCCAAAGGAAUUGGGAAUUCCCACCAAAGCUUACUAUGCUAUUGAAGAGGUCAAAGAGAAUGCUACUCAGAAAAGCCAGAAGGUUUUUGUUCAUGUACCCUCAGAAAUUGCUGCUCACGAAGUGGAAGAAAUUGGAGUGGAGCACUUGCUGAGGGAUGUGAAGGAUACAACUGUCAGCACGCUUGCAACAGAGGUCACUGGAAAGUUGGCAGCGUUGAAAGGAUUAGAUGCACGACUGAAGGAGAUACGUGGAUAUCUGGACCUUGUCAUAGAUGGAAAGCUUCCAUUAAAUCAUGAAAUAUUGUACCAUCUACAGGACGUGUUUAACCUUCUGCCAAAUCUGAACGUGGCUGAAUUGAUAAAGGCAUUUGCAGUGAAAACAAACGAUCAGAUGCUUGUAAUCUACCUUUCUUCUUUGAUCAGAAGUGUGAUAGCCCUUCACAAUUUGAUCAACAACAAGAUGCUUAACAAAGAACAUGAGAAGGCCGAGGAUGCAAAACCGACAACAGUAGCACCCGUCGCUGGGAGCUAAGACCGCUAAGCUGUUUUGCGGAUUUUGGUUGCUGAGUUUGUGAGGUUUUCUGAAAAUCUAGAGAGGCAAAGAAAGCUGAUUAGGAGGUAUUUGUUUGUAUCACCAUUUGGUGGAUGUAAUAUGUUCAAUUCAGAUCACUCUCUCUUGAUUCUUUUUAUUAGAAUUCUGAUCUUCUUGAAACUUAUUAUUAUCUGGGCCAAGUGUGUUCCUCUAUGC